AUGGCGGACGAGGAAACAGAUCUUGCAAAUGGAGAGGGUUCAUCCACCAAUGAGCAGUCCAGUCUGCUUCCUGAGGAAACAUCAAGUGUUGGCAAAGUCGUCUCAUCGCCUAUUCCCGGAUUUCCACCUUUUUUCCAAUUCGCAAAACUGCAAACCGAAGCAAGUGGAUGGAAUUCUGAUGUGACAACAGCAACUGAGUUCACGAGGUGCAGUGAUGCAAUGACAGACACAGCAUCAUUCGUGGAUAACGCAGGGGUCAGCCACGAUAACGCAGUUGAUUCGUCACUGUCAGGUAGUGCUGCAGCUGAAUCAACGCCUGUCGAUGGAGUUGACGUGAUUGAAAAUAUGGAAAAACGCGAAAAUGUACCCGAGCAGGAAGAUGGCGAGGUGGACCACGAGGGUCUAGACAAAGAAGAUGAGGAUGGCGCAAUAAACGAUGAGCCAGACGAAGAAGAGGCAGAAUCGGAUCCUUAUUUUUACACUAAGCGAGAUGAAUUUACCUCCGAGAUUUAUAAGAUAGAACUUCAAAAUCUUCCCAAGAAAUGUGGUUAUAAGCAAUUCAAGAAGAUGAUUGCAAACAGACUCAAUGUAAGACCAGUAAAAGUGAAACUACCCCCAGGAGCAAAUCACGCCUAUGUCACCUUCAGGAAUGAAGAGGAAAGGAGGCUGGCCAUCAGAUCAUUAUCAGGACACAAGUGGAAGGGGAGAGUGCUUUCUGCUAAGCCAGCCCAGCCACUUCCUGAUCCUCUAGCUCUGCAGCGAGCAGAAGGAUUGGCAAGAAAAAGGAUGAUUCAGGAUGCAGCGCGUUCAAACGUAGAUGCCAAGAGAAUAAAAGUUGAUGAAGAUGAAGGAGAAGAGCUAGCCAUUUCUGUCAGGUUAAACCAUGUUGUGACCCCUUUGUGGGAUCAGCCAUACAGCAAGCAAAUGGAAACUAAGAGGAGUAACAUGCUGGAGAUUUUGGGGAAACUCACUAGAAAGUUGAAAGCCAUAAUGGUGCUGAAGAACAACUGGGUGGAACAAGAAAGUGCUAAAAGAAAUGGAAUUUGUUGUGAGCUUCUGGACUGUGUUGAAUCACCUGUUCUCGAUGGGUAUCGAAAUAAGUGUGAGUUCACUAUAGCUGAAGGUCCUGAUGGAGCUAAAACAGUUGGAUUCCGCCUUGGUUCGUAUAAAGAGGGUUAUAGUGGAGUUGUAGAGCCAUCUGAAUGUAUUCAUAUUUCAGAUAAGGCCAAGGCCAUUGCUAAGGCUUUUCAGACUUAUGUACGGAAGUCGCCAUUGCCAGUAUAUGAUCUCUGUUUCCACACUGGAUAUUGGCAAACAUUGACAGUUCGAAGCACUAUGUAUGGUGACACCAUGGCUGUGCUACAGUUCAGCCCUCAAAAAAUGACUAAGGAAGAAAUUGAAGCAGAAAAGGAACAAAUCAGUGAAUAUUUCAAAACAGGAGAAGGGAAAGAUGUAACACUUACAUCACUCUAUCUUCAAAUAAAUCACACAAGGGCUGUAGGAGGAAAUGCAGAGGCUCCUUUUGUUCAUAUCAUGGGAGAUGAGCAUAUUUAUGAAGAGCUUUGUGGAUUGAAAUUCAGAAUAUCUCCUGAUUCCUUCUUUCAAGUGAACACCAAGGCAACUGAAAAGUUAUUUGACUUGCUGAAAGAGUGGUGUGGUGACCACCUAGACGAAACAGUGGUACUUGACAUAUGUUGUGGUACUGGAGCCCUUGGUCUAUGUCUGGCCCAGAGCGUGAAGCGAGUGAUAGGUGUCGAGAUUAUCGAAAAUGCUGUGGAAGAUGCCAAAGCUAAUGCGGAUUUAAACGGGGUUUCAAACGCUCAGUUUGUCUGUGGGAAAGCGGAAGACAUCAUUGUUGACGUGUUCAAGAACAUGCCGAGAAAAACUAAGAUCAUCGGCAUCAUGGACCCACCCCGAGCUGGACUUCACCAGUCAGUUAUACACGCAAUCAGGAAGAGUCGUCGGAUGGACAAACUGAUAUACGUGUCAUGUAACCCAAGCGCUGCUUUCGUGAACUUUCUCGAUCUAUGUAGGCCAACCUCAAAGAGGAUCAAAACAGCACCAUUUCGCUUGGUUAAAGCCGUACCUGUGGAUCUUUUUCCUCAUACUAAACACUGUGAAUUAUUGCUGCUGUUUGAGAGAGACAUGACCUCUGUGGAUGCAGCAAAGUUUUACAAGUGGUACUACUAAACUGGUCAUCAAGGUGUACUUACCUUCAUCGAUCAGGAAAUAGUUAAUAUAACAAGUUUAGGUUUAUGAUUUCGAGUUUUUGAGUUUGAAUAAUUUGUUUCUUUUUCUGUUUAACGUUAAUGAAUAACCCGC